AUGGGAGAAGACGACGGCACCCCCUCGUGUAGCAUUUUUCAGCUAAUUGUUACUACUGGAGUGAACGGCUGCAUGCUUCUCAGCUCCAUUGUACUUCUGGGAAUAUUUCUUCGGUCUUGUAGGCACUACGAUCACAAAGAGGGUAAGCGGUACAUUCUUGCCCAUACAGUUCUUGUCUUUCUCUAUCUGAUUCGCAUUGUGUGGGCGAUAAUAGGGCUAACUCUUGUAGCCUAUCCAUCUAGUGAUGCAUUGAAAGGGGUAUCUAAGUUUUUGAAUCGCGUUGCAUGUCUCCUUUUUUACCUAUCCCUCAGCUACUAUGCCAGAAACUGGCUUUAUGUGCUGCUUUACUUGAAGUGGCGACGGGCAGCAAGUUUAUGCAGAAUAGCGUUCAUACUGAUUGACUCUUUCUUGAGCUUGUUUGUGCUCAUUGCAGCCAUAAUAAAGCUACUUCCCGUUGAGAAGGACUCAUACCCCAACCUCUUAGCGUAUAGCACCCAGAUUAUUGGGUAUUCGUCGCUGGCCAUUGUUUUGUUCUACACAAUCAUUGGCACCAUCGUACUGUGUCUCUGGCGCGAACAUAUUGUUGGAAGAACAGUCGUUAAGCAGUUCUAUAUUGUAGCUAUCAUAUUUAUCCUAAGCUCUGUUUUGCGUAUGGUGCUUUUCAAUUGGCACCAAUGGUUUGAUGCUUAUGUUCCUUGUGACGUUUUCAAUAUCGCUUGCAUCGCACUACCUGACUGCUGUGUUGGAGGAUGCCUCAUGAAAGUGUACUAUGUCUCACUAUGCACUAACCUUGAUCCAAUGACCAGCGAGUCAUCACAAACCAGGUCUUCUGCACUGAGAUUUAAGAAGGUUUAUUCUGCCAACUCUAUUGAGCCUAUUCAGCGUUUAGAUUCUUCCACACCGAGAGACACUACUCACAAUCAGUUCAGUGAAGACUAUUAUUCUUAUCAUUCCCUGCUUAACUGA